ACAGCGACUACUGCUGGGACCAUUAUUCUGCAUGCUGAUAGAUCGCUGCUUCUUCCACCCAACCUCCUCUCUUUCUCUAAUCUUCCUGCCUCCUCCUCCUCCUCCUCCUCCUCCUCCUCCUUUCAAGGAACUUUAAAAAAAAUUAUUUGCAGAUCAAGUGGUAAUCAUAUAAGGACGGGGUCUCGCAGGCUUUUCAACUAGAUGAUCCACAAAUGAGAAGGAGGAAAAGAUGGAGCUGCAUAUCUUAGAACACAGACUGAAAGUAGCAAGUAUAGCCAAGGACGGCAUCCAGUUGUUUACUCACGGAUUAAUAAAACUUGCUUUCCUGCCUUCAAAGACAAGGUGCAAGUUCUUCAGCUUAACUGAAACUCCUGAAGACUACACCAUAAUCGUCGAUGAAGAGGGCUUCAAAGAACUGCCAAGGUCGGACCUUCUGAGUGUGGCUGAUGAGAUGUGGCUGGCGUUGAAUGUCGUGUCUGGUGGUGGAAGUUUCUCCAGCUCUCAGCCCAUUGGAGUCACCAAGAUCGCCAAGUCAGUUAUUGCUCCACUUGCUGACCACAAUAUCUCCGUGUUCAUGCUCUCCACCUAUCAAACAGACUUCAUCCUGGUACGGGAAAGAGAUCUGCCCCUAGUUAUGCACACUCUCUCAGCAGAAUUUACCAUCCUCAGGGUCGUAAAUGGGGAGACAGUUGCUGCUGACCACUUAGGAAUCACCAAUGGAUUUGUGAAGCCAAAACUAGUUCAGAGGCCAGUUAUUCAUCCACUGUCCAGUCCCAGUAACAAGUUCUGUGUCACCAGCUUGGACCCCGAUACAUUACCAACUGUAGCCACGCUUCUCAUGGAUGUCAUGUUUUAUUCUAAUGGUGUGAAGGAUUCUGCGAUAGGCAGUGAAGAAAGUGGUCACAUUCGUUUCUUCUCCUUUUCGCUCAUUGAGCGUUAUAUCUCGCUAGUGAUGGACGUACAGACACAACAAAGGUUUCCAAACAAUCUACUGUUUACAAGUGCGUCUGGUGAACUUUGGAAGAUGGUUCGGAUAGGUGGGCAGCCUCUAGGAUUCGAUGAAUGUGGAAUCGUGGCUCAGAUUGCAGAGCCCCUGGCUGCAGCUGAUAUCCCUGCAUACUACAUCAGUACCUUUAAGUUCGAUCAUGCCCUGGUACCUGAAGAAAAUAUCAACAGUGUGAUCAAUGCUCUUCAAGUAAGCCAGAACAAGAAGCAUUAGCUGGGGAACGAAGGUUCUGCCGUUUCUUCCUCGCACGGUAUUUGAAGCUGAGCCUAGAUUUGAAGAAGACGAAGAGCGAGAGAGAGAGAGAGCUUGUUUACUUGGCGAGCUGUUGGUUUACUGAAGUUGUGCCCAAAGUGAAUGUUUCCAUUGUGUUCUUUGUGUGAACCUUGUCACAGUUUACUGGUAAAGUCAAAACCACUUUCUACCAUACUUACCACCUGUCCCAACCCCAUCCUGCUGCCACUGCGAAAGAGCUGUGGCGAUUAGCUGAUGUUCUGUGAAUUGCUUGGGUUAGGUUGAAGACACGUGAUGUAGUAAGGUUGAUUUCUGAGGGUGGUAAGGUGGCUAAUUAAGUCUAGGAGAGUUUUGAUCUGUAGAUGCUGGGUGUUGCUACCAGGCAGUAACCCAGUCCUGGAGCAAGUUCACAUGGUGCCAUUAACUGCAAGGGUGACAUUGGAAUCCUUUUCAGAUCUCAGGUCACUAUCUGACAGCUGUUAAUUCUUUGGUAGCAUCUUUUCUUCAUUUCAUCUGGAAGUUCCAUUCAAUAGGCUGUCUGUCUGCUCUCAGCACCAUCCAUCCACGUGAUCCUACCGGUCAUUGCAACGUAGGUUAAUGGUCACGCCGCACAUGCUGUUGUGCCAUUGUUAUUACUGAUUCCUCAAGUACCAAUUUGACUGGGGAAAGUCCUAGCCUCACAUCACAAAAGUGUUAACUAAGCCUGCGUUUUAAUCCUUUUGUUCUCCCAUUAUCACAGUAACCACUGAAAAUGCUCGCUGUUAAAGAUUGACAUCGGUAUAAUUGAGGCAAAUAUCGGAGCAGCAUGCUGUUAGAGGAGGGCUGGCUUUCUACAGUCAUACUGACGAGUGACAAGUCAAAAAGACAAGGGGAGGUCAACUCCCUUUCAAAUAAUAUCUACUACCUGAGCAAGUUAUGUCCAAUGUAGAAUCCUUCUGAAUUUCACUAACACGGAUGAUCAAGUUGUGGCCUGGCACCUCUAAAUUUGGAGAUAGACUGCUGGGAUGUAAACAGGGAAAUUUAUCCUGGCUUUUAAAGUGCAGGGUGAAAGAUUCCAACCCAGUCAUUUCGGUUUCUAAAGAGGAACUUCCGACUGGCAGUCUACCUUGCUAUUUUAAAUGUAACUGCACUCCAUUAGGAUUGGCCCACCUCUGGUUUAACAUACUUCAAGCCAAUAAUGAUGCAGCAUUAAGAUAAACCUUUUAUCUGUCUUGACUGGAGCUAUACUUCAAAAGAGGCGACAAAAUAAACGAUGCGCCAUCCAUCGGAGAGUUCUGAAAAAAGGGGAAAAGGCAAAUCUCGGAAGGAAAAUUAAAAGAAAUAGCAUUCCAAUACUGUUGCAGAUCACAUCUUCAGAAAUGGCAGGACGUAACAUUAUAACUGAAGUUACGGUGCCUUGGGGCUUUAUUUAUGGUUCACUGUACCUACUGUUUUAGUAUCUCAGCCCUUCAUUUAUCUAUUUAAGGCUGACCUCAAUUUCCUUUACCAUAUAUGAAGUGUUAAAAACAGUGAACAUUGUUGAUUGCUAUCUUCACCCUUUUGAUUCUGCAAUUGGGGUUUAUUGUUUCUCUUUUAGUAGGUAGCAGAUAACUUGGCACUUCUAUCUCAGUGAUAAUGGUUACAUUUUCUGAUAUUUUGCCACCUGCCUACGCGGAGCAAAGAAUGUAGUGCUAUUUAUAUUUUAUACAGUAAUUUGCACACAGUUGCCUGAAUGCCCUUGAAUGAUAACUUGACUCUCCUAACCUGCUGCAGGUGACCUCCUUAUCUAUCAUUUCCUUAUCCUCUAUGUAAGCUCUACACAGCUCGUGAAUCAAAUAGGACUGAAGUAUUUUAUACCCCUACAUCCACUGCAAUAUCCACUCCUUUAGAGGUAGGUAGAGGAAGGGUUUUGCUGUUGUAGGCUCCACAGAAUUAUCUGGUGGACUCCCAGUCACUGGAGGCAAAGUGGCCUCUCAGAGUGCUGAAGUGCCUCCUUAGCCAUCUGUCCACUUUUUUUGGGGGGGAAUACUAACAAAGGAAAGAUCGUAGUAAAAGAUAAAUUCCAAGUUACGUUGUGAAACUAAGAACUCAUCAGACCUAGCCUGCUUUGAAUUGAUUUUAUUUUGUUAAACUAAAUUGAUUCAAGCCCAAUUUACAGAUGGGACGUUUUAUCCUUACAGAUACUGUAUUUUACUAUUGAAGAAAAUAUGCUGAAACACAGAAACUUUUAAAAGUGUUUUUAGCACCAGCUGCUUGUUGAAAUCAGUGGCAGCGACAAAGUUUACGAGCUAGUGACUUUUGAACUGUAGUAAUCUUGCUUGGCAUUAACAUAUCUGCUGUGCCACAUUGGUGAACCGAUUGCGAUCUCAAUUUUGCAAUCAAAUAUUUAGUUAGUUCCUUUUCUUAGUCUGUCUAGUGGUUAUUGUACCUGUUGUUGGUGAAGCACUGUGUGGUAUAUGGUGAGUGUAGUGCGUUCAUUUAGAAAUGUGUUAAGUUGCCAACCAGAUCUAAAUUGCCCUAAGGAUCUCUUUGUUCUGAUCAACCUCUCUUCACUGGUACCAGUUCCUAAAUGUAUUCCAAAACAUUAAUACCAACAAUGUUGCCCAUCUGGCAUCUGGAUCUAAUCUAUAUUCUCUUUCUAAGCCCCUGAAAUGGACCCUGACUUCCGCAUGUUUUGGGUUGCGAUCCAUGCACCCCUCCUCCUGCUCACUCCAAUGAAAACCUUACCGAUGGUGUAGUCUCCCUCUUGGAAUUUAGAUGAUGAACACCUGAAUAAGCAAGGCAGGGAAGGAUGGCCAACUGGAAUGAGAGUAGAUGAGCAAAAAGAUCAGUAUGAAAGUGAUGACUGAUUAUCAUUGAUGCUGCAGGACCACAGAAAGCAGAGGUUAUUCAUCCCAAUGAUGCUCAACUGGUUUCUGCGCCCAAGACCACAUUGUAAAUUGCAUUAGUGACAAACUUACUCAGUUCACCAGCAAAAACUCUCUACUCUCCUGAUGUGACGUGCAACAUUAUAUUUUCCAUGGGCUUCUGUAUCUUUAACAUGAAAAGUGCUCCAUCACAAAUAAUUGCCUAAUCAUUUACUGAUGUCAAAAUGUCCCCACUGGACUUCUGAGGUGCCAACUGGCCAUUUAAAAUGGCCACCAAUCUAAUGGUGUUCGUACACGAACCUGGUUGGUUGAAGUCGUGGCAGAUGUAACAAUUUACAACUUCGAUGUCAAAUCUUAUUUUGUUGGCCUUGUUACCUAGCCAUGGACUUGACUGCAUGAACUUUGACACAGUCUGGACGAUUAAAACAGAAACAACAGAUUGUUGUGAGAAUGCGAAUUCCCAGUUUGCUCUUCAAACAAAGCCACCCCUUUGGUGUUUCAGUAGUCUGACUGUUUUCCAGAAGUCUGACUCACAAUAUCUCAGCAAACCUGUAUCAGUUUCCUUCUUGGUUUUCAUCUCUGUUAUUACAUUCAUAGCUGUAUGGGACUUCCAAUACUCACCAAUUUCUAUUAACCAAGAGAAUAGGCUGAAUAAUGGGGUUUGACUGUACCCCUAAUGGGAAAUGUAUUCUAACCAGUCUCCUGCAGAAAUGAAAGUGGUGGUGCUUUACCACAUGGACCACUGAUAGAACUCAUUCAGCUGAGGCAAAUAAAUUUAAACAACCAAGGGAAACUGUGACGCUCUUAGUUGGAAUCAAAUUCUCAAUCGUUCUAUCAAUCUCUUAUUGGUCCAUGAGACAAAACAUUAUAGUUUUGAAUGCUGCAGCAGGCACCAGAUCUCAUUGCAUGUUUCCUGUAGCUUAAGUCUGAAGGAAUUCGCAAUGAAUAACAUAGCAGAAACGUCUGAACAUUUCGUCUUAAAACUAUUAUUUUGGAGAAAAACGAGUCAGCAAUAGAGAUAGAUAAACAGAAAAUGUUGGAAACACUCUACAGGUCGGGCAGCAUCUGUGGAAGAAGAAGCAGUUAAUGUUUCAGUUCAAAUACUCAUUAUCAGAACUUGGAAAGGGAAAGUAAGUUGGUUUUAAGUUAAAGGGGGGUGGGGGGUGUAUGGUUAGGAUAGAAAAUACCUUUAAAUAUCUGAGGCCAGCUUUGCCAUGGGGAUAUGCCAUAAUCAAAGUCAUCCAGUUGAUGGGUUAGAGAGGGACAGCAUGAACAAAGGGACAGAAAAGCUGUGAGCAGGGUUUUCCUUUCUUUGCAGUGUUUUGAAGGAAGUGUUUCCUUCCAAACUCCCUGGUCUGCUCUUCCAUUGUCCACCAACCAAUCCCAUUCCAUUGAUAUAUAACACCCACAGAAAUGCAAUACCUGUUAUCGCUUCCCCUCCCACCAUUCAGGAACCCAAAAAGAUCAGGUGAAGCAGUGAUUUACUUGCACUUCCUCCACUCCAGUGAACUGCCUUCGGUGCUCCCCACGUUGUCUCCUCUACACUAGCGAACAGCGGUCCCCAACCACCAGGCCGCGAGGAAACGAUGUGAUUUGGCGAUAGGAGUCAGCUGCACCUUUCCUCAUUCCCUGUCAUGGCCACUGUUGAGCUUGAACGCACGCGAGGUCAUUACUCCUGCGUCAUCCAUGUCAGCGCGGGAAGAAGAUCAAUUCCUCAAGCUUGCAGAUGAUGGUGGGCUGAAAAGUAUGUUUGACAUAACGUCUCUGCCGGCAUUCUGGAUCAAAGUCAAGGCUAAAUAUCCUGAGAAAGCCACGAAAGCACUGAAAACGUUGCUUCCAUUUCCAACAUAUCUCUGCAAUGAAUGCAAGGAAAACCAAAUUGCGUAAUGGACUGAACAUAAGGAUCCCCGUUCGAGUAUUGCUGUCUCCUAUCACCCUUCGAUAGGACCAUCUGGUUGCAGGGAAACAAGCAUUCAGCCCAGGGCUCCCACUGGUUCAGUGAUAUUGGUGUGUUACAAUGAUUUUAUAUGUUCAUACGGGGAAAAGAUGUGCCGUGUGUUUAAUAUCCAAACAUUACAUAAAAUGUUAUGAUGCUAUUGACAUACUUAUAUAACCCUAUAACAAGUACAGCACGGAAACAGGCCAUCUCUGCCCUUCUAGACCGUGCAGAACGCUACUGUCACCGACCUGCACUCAGCCCAUAACCCUCAUUCCUUUCCUGUCCAAAUACCUAUCCAAUUUUUCUUUAAAUAAUAUCGAACCUGCCUCUAUCACUUCGACUGGAAGUUUGUUCAACACUUACUUCAAGCUCCCCUGUCCUUCCCUGAUACAGUAAUUGACUUAUCGCUAUAUUCAUGCAAGGAAAAUAUGCGCUGUGUGUUGAAUAUUAAAUUCGUUAGAUAAACCCUUUUAGAAACAAAAUUAGUGUAUUAGCCACUUAUCACCGAUAUUCCGGUCAUGAUUAGCACCUCCCCCCCCCAAACAGAAUUGCCAAAAACGAUUUGUAGAAAAAAUCGGCACGUACACACAUGGGCAAAUCACGCAUGCGCACUGGUGCCCGUGCAAGGCUUCAUGGUCAUUGUAGUCUCUGUAAACAACGUAUUUGGCUCUACUCUUGUCCGUUGGCAACCCUACCCCCUCCACCCCCCCGGGCUUGGCCGGUCCGCAAGAAUAUUGUCAAUAUGAAACCGGUCCGCAGUGCAAAAAAGAUUGGGGACCCCUGCUGUAGAAGCCAAAUGUAGAUGAGUGAUUCUUUGUGAAAGAUCCAGAGCCACAUUAAUUCGCCAUUCCAGCGAUGAUCUAUCUACCUUUGGCCUUCAGUGCUGUUAUAACAAAGCCCAACAUAAUCAGCCAUGAUGGAAUGGCGGAGCAGACGUGAUGGGCCAAAUGGCUUAAUUCUGCUCAUGUGUCUUAUAACCUGAGAAUCGGUGCUUUGCCUUUCCUCUGUGCUUGUUGCAGCCUUCCAGAUUCAAUAUCGAGUUCAAUAGGUUUCAGUCGGUACAUUUAAUGUAAAGAAGUGCAUACAAUAUACAUUCUCAAAUUCUUUUUCUUCGCAAACAUCCACGAAAACAGAGGAGUGCCCCAAAGAAUAAAUGACAGUUAAAUGUUAGAACCCCAAAGCCCCUCCCCCACUCCCCCUCCCAUGCAUAAGCAGCAGCAAAGCAACAACCUUCCCCACCAGCAAAAAAGCAACGGCACCCCCCCACCAAGCACUCAAACGUGCAGCAAAGCAUCAAUAAAGACACAGACUUGCAGUACCCCGAGGACUACUUUUUCACCCAGUAAUUUGACAUACCACAGGCUCUCUCUCUCCCUAAUAAGGGAAAAAGGGGUGUCUCCGUUUCACAGCGAGAGGGGGGACAUAACAAAGCAACUUGCUAAUUUAUGGUGUUGAAAGUGUGCUGCGUCGCUUUUUCCGAGCUCUGUGCCGAAAGAACUCAGGCCUGUGGGCACACAGCCAGCUGGCUGCUUACGAUCUUCUGCCUCCCACGAUGCAUCAGGCAGUGGCACCAACCUCGAAUCCGCCCGCCUCCAGAGCCAUGAAAAUCCAGCACCCUGAAGGUGCGCUAGUCUUCCAGGCCACGUUCCACAACAUCAGUUAACUUGCUUUCACUCUCUGUAUCAAAACUGGCUGGCCUAUCACUGACAAAGAUUGUUUUUCUCUUACAGUGUGACCUGCUGCACACAUCCCACAGAACCAUAUUUCUCAAAUUUUAUGUUCCUUGGUUUAUGUUUUCUCUCUCUCUAACAGCCCCCAUCAACAACCUUUAUAGCUUAUCUCCAUGGCAACCUCAGCAUCAGUGGAUCAGGAAAAUUGCCUGUCAGUUAUCUAUCUCUCCUCCACUUUCUCAGUAACUUAAACCAACUUGUUUUUUGUCUCUUGCCCAGAUCUGAUGAAGGGACUUCGAGCUGAAGCACUCAAACGGCUUCUCUUUUCACAUUUGCUGUCUGACCUGAAGACUGGUUCCAUCAUUUUCUGGUUUUAUUGCAGAUGUCUAGUGUCUACAGCUCUUGAACUUGUUGUUAGUAAGCACUGAAUUCCACAGGCCUUUGGUUCUGUGGAAUUAAACCAACAAAAAUGAUUUCAGUUGCUCGAAUUUGUUGAAGGUGCUACAGAUAGAGCUGUACUGCAUAGAAGAUUACCUUGCAGCCUAAUUUGUACAUGGUGACCACGUUGCCUAACUGAGCUUGUCCCCAUUUGCCUGCAUUUGACCCAAUCCCUUUAAACCUUUCCUAUCCGCAUGAUGGUCAAAUGCCUUUUAGAAUGUCAUAAUUGUACCUGUCUCUACCACUUCUUCUGGCAACUGGUUCUAUGUAAACAAACCCCUCUUUGUGAGAAGAAAUUGUCCCUCAGCUCUCUUUUAAAUCUUCCACUCUCAUUUUCCACCUAUGCCCUCAAGGUCUGGACUCCCCUACCCUGGGGGAAAGACUUUCGGUAUUCACCUCAUCUCUGCCCCUCAUGAUUUGAUAAAGCUCCUUAAGGUCACCCCUCAGCCUCCUACACUCCAGGAGGAGUCCUCACUUAUCCAGCCUCUCCUUGUAACCCUAAGCCCUCCUGCUCCAAUUCAGUGGCAUUCUUGUGUUGCACAAAGCAUGUUAUUGGCAGAAAAGCAUUAUCAGAAAAUAAUUUCAGCAAGUGCAGCUCUAAAGCCUUCAUGUGUGUUGUUUUCCCAAUGUAAUCACAAAGUGCAAACACAAUGAUUUCUAAAACUCUCCUGUCACAGCCCGAACAGCCUAAUUAUUAGUUCUAUGUCCACUGUACAGUGUAUAUGACAGGUUCAGUCUGACCUAAAGCAGGCCUUGUAAGACCCGUCCAGAGGACAGAGGAAAUGGCCCAUAUUACUGUAUCUCACAGGCUGUGUUACCAGGAUGAGAACAGCAACUACGCAGGUAACUGCAGCCCUGUUGAGAGACUGUGAUAAGCUUUGAUCUCCUCUUCCUAAGAUUAGCAGGGCUUAUUGCUGGGUAAGCUUGAUCGCACCAGGAUGAUGUUCUGGUUUGGCACUUGUUCCAGCUGAUGUAGGAGGUGUUUACUGCAUGGAGUCAAACUCAAAUCUGUGCAUGGAAUGAUCCCAGCAUGAUCGGGCACAUUACUGAUUAUUAUGCCAGAAAAUAGCAUUUAAGAAGGAUAAAAAUCGUAAUUUCUAUUCACUGCUUUCGUUUUUCCUGCAUCACAUUACCUUUUGACUGCAGCAUCCAGCGAGGAAAGGCAUAUUGGACAUUACACACGGCAAGAGGCCCCAAGCUAAACCCACAGACCUGCCUUUUGAUCUAACCCCUCUUGAUCAAUUGCAUUCUUUCUACCUCACCUGCGAUCUCAUUUCCCCUUAAAACACACGAAUUUGCUUCGGAUGCUUCGCGCAGUCGCAUCUUUCUGCAGAGGACCCACCUCACGGUUUCUUAGGUGUGGGUCUGUGUUCUGCGCGUGCCCCGGUACAUCGUAGGUGUUCACCGUGAGUGGCAUUGCUUCUGCCAUUUUUUAUCACUCCUGUGACUUGUUUUUCUAAACCUACGUAAUUGUAUUUCUUUGGUCAGCAUCUCCGCUGUUGUAUUUUAAUGAGCUGUCUUUGACUGCAGAUAAACAGAGGUCUGAUUCAGAGAUAGCUAUCGCCCAAGACUAAGAGUACCCAAUGUGAAAUAUUAUCUAAUGCACUUUAUUUGUGAAUUUAUGCUCACUCCAGGGUUAACCCUUCAUUCUCUAUGAUGGGGGUUGAAGCCUGGGACUGAUCAACCAUGAUCAGAUUGAAUGGUGGGGCAGUCUUGAUGGGCUGAGUGGCCUACUCCUGCCCCUGUAUUGUUCACUUUUUCUUUGAUUGUGUCUCGGUAACAUUACUUACGGUUGGGUCGGUUGUCAUUCACAAGCUUAUAAUUUUUCCAUUUAUUGCAUUCGUAUAGUUGAGGUCUAGUAAAUCACUGGAAUGAUCAUUCUUUUAACGAAGUUAUUUCUGAAGGUUGAUAUUCCACCCCAGAGUACAACAGUUCUCUAUUGUCUAAUUCAACUACUGUUUACACUGUAGCCAGUCUUUUGACCCAAAUCGUCGUGCAGCUGUAUUUCCAAUAUGGGAGUUCACUGCACAAUGGGCUUCACAUUGCAAAUAUUGUUGGACUUGUCUGUACCUUCCUGUUGACAGUCUUGAUUUGUCAACAUUUCCUGUAAAGUGCCAGGAGCUAUAUUUGCACACAGUCUCUGAUAAAUUCACAUUUAGAGAAGCAUAGAAAUCAUUCAGAAAAAGAGCAAAAAAAGAAAUGAAAUAAAGCACUUUUCAUUUGAAAGUUGAAAUAGUUUCUACCUCAGAACUCAAGAAUCCUUCAUUGAUUGAGUAAGCCUUUAAUUCCUACAAUCUGCUUUCCCACUAUACUAUGAGCAUAGCUGGGAAUGAGUCCUCAGAUACUCGCAUCUAAAGUUCUCAGCACUUCAUGUGAGGAGUCACUAUUUGAUUGUGGAACACAAUAAGAUGACCCAAUAUACUUUGCCUAUUUCACUGGGGGGGAAGGCACUGAUCACCGAAGCUGCUCACAUCACUGAUCAGUUUCCUAUUCCAAUGUUGCAUUGGAUUCUCUUCAGGGCAUAUUUCCUGGGCUUACGUAAAGGCAACAUUGACUUAACCAAUCAAGCAUUUGGCAAAGAAAAAGCACACAAUCUUUGAUAGAUCACUCGAUUCUAGUUAAGGCGUGCGAGAUGCUGAGGAAGAGAGCUUGAAUAGUGGGAGACUCCAGGGCAGCAGAUUUUGUGAUUUUCCAUCCUAGAGAACUCCUGCGAUCACUCAUGCUCCUCUUAUGCGACAAAGGAAGUGGUUUCUUUUGUCUGGAGGUCUCUUUAUUACUAAGGACUUCACCUUAGCAUGAGAGCUAGUUCUCCGCCCAGAUCCCAUAGAAAAGUCAUUUAGUUCCUCUUGGCAUAAUUAGAUUCCAGUUUGUGUUUAUUGACUAGACUUUCACCUUCUCUAGACUAAUAUCAAAGAUGAAGGAGAAGGGUAUUCAGAGUUUGCUUUUAACAGCCUUUCCACCUGCAAAGCAUGGGAUUGCGAUGUGAGGUGAACCAGGAUUCCAAAUAAUCCUUGAGAAAAAUGUCGUCUACGACUGCAGAACUUGAUCAAAAGUGUAGAAAACAGAUUUAACCCCAAUUCGGUCACAAGGUAUAUAGACCUGUCUAACUUUCAUCCAUCUGUUGCUGGGAAUUAUUUGUAGUCAUCCAUUGAUCUGUGAAAGAGUCUUGGAGAAUCAAACAAUGUUAAUCCUUUAAUCCUUCCAUAGGAUUUGAACACAGUGCUUCAAACACUUGUGUUGCCUUCCAUAAUCCUAUGGUUGGCAUUGCUUUGAUACUUUUCUAGAAGACCAGCUUUUUAUUUGUACUUAUUUCUUACAAGAAGAAUCAAAGUGCCAGGUAUUUAACUGGUAAAGUCUCAAUGCUUCAUGACCUCAGAAUAGGUUGAUCAUCUUUUAUUGCCAAAUUUUUGUCCAACGCAGUUUGGAGCAUUAUCUUGAUUAAAUAGCGAAGACUGGGUCCAAUAGCAUUGUUUAAAUCUUUUUUUAAAUCCUCUAGGCUUGUUUCAGUUUCAAAGGCAGCAAAGCCCUUUUCAUUUGUAAACUGUGCCAAAAGCCAUGCUGGUUGAAUGUAACUGUUUCAAAGGAAACAGUGAUUCAAUAUGUAAUCUCAUAUGAUAUUCCCAGAGUCUUGUCACAUUAAAUAAUGUUAUUGGUGCUUUCUACAUUUGCAUUUUAGUCUUACAUAAACUAAGAAAAAGUCCAUAUUUUUGAAAGGAGAAACUUUUGCUCCUCACUCAUCUUGUGUGAUUUUUAACUCCUGUGGCUUAUUUCCUAUAUCAGUUCGUUUUUGCCCUUGCAGUAAUGUUAGUAACCAGAAUUGUUGAAGGGACACCAUACAGUAUGAGCUUCCCUCUGUUUGGCUAGCCUAUUGAUAAUGUGAAGUUAGCAUUGUUUUAUUGAAUGAUUGAUAAUAAUAAGCAGAAAGGUCAAAGAGAUGUGUCUUCUUGUUGAAUCAGUUAUCCUAAUUUAUGACCAGUCACACUACAACUAACUUAUUAGCAUGGGAACAGAAUAUUUACAAAAUGUAUAAUUACGUUACCCAUCUGGAAAAUAGAUCCUGCCGUAAGUUCCAGGCAAGCUAAUAAUCAGGCUUCAGCUACAUCUUGAGACGAUGGAACCACGUUCCAAUAAACCUUCAACAACUAGAUUGGAACCCGAUAACAUUGGUCACUGUACAUUAUCGUCAAGGAUUAUUGGUCGGAAUAAAAUUGAGCUAAUCAACGUAAAUUUUUUCUUGGUGUAUCAUCAGCUAUGAUCUUUCUAGUUAUUCAUUGCAAUAGUAUUUUUCAUUGAAAAUUUACUUCAAAUUGUCUGUGGUUUAAAUGAGCAAUGCCUGAUAAUAAAGACUGGUGCUGCACAUCUAAUCAGAUUGCAUUGUUCAGGCAGGGUGACAUUAGUGACAUCUCAUUAGUUUCCCCCCUUUGCACCAACUAGAUCAGAAUAAUUUGGUACUUUUAAUUUAUGAUGCUAACAAUGUGAUCUCAUUUAGUUUUGACUAUACAUCUGAUUGCUUUGCUGUAACUCGAAGAACAUUACAUGUUUUUAACAAGCUCAUUCUUGCAUGAAAUGGUUUGUAUGUAACCCUCUUGAAGGAGAAUUACAUAGCAGGGUUAAUACUGGAAAUAGUGAAUAAUUACUCCUAGGGAAAUAGCAGGUGUUUACUAUUACUGCAAUAAUUUAGAGAUAGGCAAUCAUCGCCUCGUGUACACUACAUAUAGUCUCAAUCCGCAUAUUUUGCAAACUGUGGUAGAAAGGCUAGAAGGAGACUAUGGGUGCAGAUUUCUACUUCAGCAGGGAUGCAGUGUGUUGAAUAAUCUGUGCAAAAAGCAGCUGAUCUACACCACCACCAAAAUUAUCAAUUCUGUGAAAUGAGUCUGCUGAAGAUGUAGACAAUAAGCCCAUAAGACGUAGGAGCAGAAUUAGGCCAUUUGGUCCAUUGAGUCUGCUCUGCUGUUUUGUCAAGGCUAAUCCAUUUUGCUCUUGACCCCAUUCUCCUGCCUUCUUCCCAUAACCUUCCAUGCCCUGACAAAUCAAGAACCUAUCAACCUCCAUCUUAUAUACACCCAGUGGCCUGGCCUCCACAGCCGCCUGUGGCAGCAAAUUCCACAGAGUCACCAUUCUCUGCCUAAAGAGAUUCCUUCUCAGCUCCGUCCCUCGAUUCUGAGACUGUGUCCUCUGGUCCUAGACUCACCCACCAUAGGAAACAUCCUCUCUACAUCCGCUCUAUCUGGGCCUUUCAACAUUUGAUAGGCUUCAAUGAGAUUCUCUCCCCACCCCCCCCCCACCUUCAUUCUUCGAAAUUCGAGCGAGUACAGGCCCAGAGCCGUCGAUCACUCCUCAUACGAAAACCCUUUCAUUUCCGGCAUCAUUGUCGUAAACCUCCUCUGAACCCUCUCCAGUUAUGAAAGUUUAUGCUUCUUUGAGAAGACUUAAACUUUUCCCCCAGCAUGUAUGCAAAACCAAGAAGGAUCUGUUGAAUAACCCCUUUUUUAAUAAAUAGUUAAGAUUAGCUUAGAUCGGAGGUAAUACCACUUACACAAUAGACUCUUUUAAAAAUGGUAUUUGUUCUGUGGGCGCCCAAACACAUUGGGGGAGAACAAUGAAACAUUGGCUUUUCCUUAUAAAAUAUAGGUCUGAGAUGUAACACUCGACCUUCAAAAACAUUGUGUUGGUAGCUCCCUAUGCCAACAGCUGCACCCGUGUUGGGGCCGAUUGCAGUAAUUUUCAUUGUAGUUAGGUUGGCUCCAAACCUGAACAGACUAUUAACUUCGGUAUGCUAGUGAAACAGGGGAGGCUGUCCUUAACUGUUAACGGGAGCAAACAAUCAACAUUGUUGACUCCAAAGGAGCUGUUUUGUGUCGGGAAAACGGUUGGGAAUGGAACAUUGUUCUCAUACUCCCAGCACAAACCCCAAAGCAGUCAGAAACUUUGAGGAUUAUCCCACAUAAUGUUAGAACAAGGUUCAUUAAAGCACCUCUGAAUCAAUAUUGAGAAGAUGUCGGUCAUUAAAUUGUAAUCAAAUGAAUUUUAAUGGACUAUAACAGGGUUUUCUUUUAGCCCAAAAAUGGAAAGUUUGUGAAAUCUUUUAUUCUCAUACAGAAUAAUAUGUGUCAGCUGUGUCUUCACAUUAAAGCUCGUGAUGUAUAGAACUAUUUAAUUACUAGUUUCUAUUUAUGCUUUUUACUUCAUCAAGCAAACAAGGUGACUACAAAUGAAGAACACUGUGGGUGUGAAAUUACACUCUGGGACACAGGUAUUCGAAAUGGUUGAUGCGUGUGACUGGCCAAUCUCUCACAUCACAAUCAGGUUUAAUGUCACCAGCAUAUGUCCCGAAAUUUCUUAACUUUACUGCAGCAGCACAACAAAAUACAUGAUAGAUAAAUAUAGAGAAAAAUUACUGAAUUGCAGCAAGUGUAUUUAUGUUUACUAAAUAUACGGGCUCUGUUGGUCAGAGUUGACCAUCGGUAUUGCGCCCUAGCUGUCUAGAUACGCAAGCCUGGCAGUACAAUAUGGAGUGCGAGCUGUUGCCCAUGUAGCAAGCUCCCCCUCUCCACGCAUCUGAUGAACCCAAAGGAACAGCAGUGACCGAUACAGUUUGGUGCCAGCAGUGUCGCCGGAGUUGCCAGUCAGCAUUGAGCUCAACGUAGGACUGCCUUAGGGAAUCCAGCUCUGGAUUUUUCCCUCUGCGUUUAUUCCCGAAGCCUUCCCCAUGAGUGUGUAUAGCCGCAAGGCAGCAGAGGUUUGAGAUCAGAGUUUUCCUUCCAGAUGAGCUGCCCACCAUGGCUGACGAGCCCCAUCUGCCCGAAGCGACUGGUUUUAAGAUGCCAGUAACCUGCCUUUGCCCCUUCUCCUGUCAGUAGAAACGGUUCUGCCAGGGCUUACCAGCUAAGACACACGUGAAGGCCAGGAGCUGGACUUGGUUGUCAGAGUCUAUUUGAGGCGCAAACCAUUGGGAGCAUUUAAUAGGUAGUGGGAGCUUGUCCCCAUUACCACCCCUGGCUAAAUAGUAGUGCAGAAAAAAAUGAAAUAAAAAGAUAGUGAGGUGGUGUUCAACGGUUGAAUGUCUGUUUAGAAAUCGGAUAGCACAGUGGAGGACGCUGCUCCUGAAUUGUUUGGUGUGUGCCUUCAGGCUUCUGUCUGUCCUUCCCAACAGUAACAACGAGAAGAGGGCUUAACCUGGGUGGUGGGGGCCCUUAAUGAUGGAAGCUACCUUCCUAAGGCACUGCUCCUUGAAGAUGUCUUAGGUACUACAGAGGCUAGUACCCAUGAUGGAGCUGACUAAUUUUACAAGUAAACUUACAGGCAUUUUGGCAGAGAACUCGUUCAGUUUAAUGAAUAGGAAAUUAUGGGCAGAGCUUCCAAAGUUUCCCAGGCCAAGAGAUAAAGCUAGAUCCUUUGCAUUAAUAGUUAAAUCAUCCCUGAUAAGUUUGAAGCCUCUCACUCUGCUCUUCAGUGUUUUACUGAACAGUAUCAAAACCACAAUGAGAAUUUUCACACUAACACGCAGUCUUCAAAGGAUAGUAGGCAGCUCAGGGCUUGUCCUGAUCACAAUGGGCUUUGUGAAAUCCUUCACAGUUGGUGUUCACUGAUAACACAGUGCAGAUCUCAGAUAGGUUACACUGCCUUUGAAGGAAUCAAGUCAAAAAGAGGAUAUAUGUUUGGAAAUUACUGUACGCAAGGAUGUAACUUCAAUAUCAACUUUGCAGUGUAUAGGAAUGUUACGCAGGCAGUCUAACCCAGAAGCAAGGAACUGUGUGGUAUUAGCAUUACAAAUAGAAAAUCGUAUGUAAUUUAAGAAUCAUAACAUGAAAAUUAUCUUUCAAAAUAUAUCUGAUUUCUGCAUGUGAUGCUUUUACUCUGCAGUUCUUCCUACGUCCCGAUUUCUAGCUUGUUAAAAGUCCCUCUUGCAGACCAACCGUGGCAUAUGUUUUGAGUUAAAAUCCGGUUCAGAUCAGAUCACUUCUGAUUUGGUUAUUUCCCCCCAGCCAAUCUGCGGAAUUGAAAUGAUUUCCAGUUGAUUCCAGUGACUGUUACAUCAGGGAAAAUGUGAUAUGGUUGUUUCCACAAACGAGAAGUUUGAAAGUAAUGUUUGAACCAUCUGAUAUUUUGAAGCCUUCUCCUCAGUUUAUCAAGGUGGACACGGUCAGAACUUCACUGUUAUUCUCAAUUUCAGUUAUAACAAAAACACAUGGAAACGUUCUAAUCUUAACCCUCUGAGGCAUCCAAGGUAACUAAGUAUUGGAAGGAAGUCAGUGUAGCUUAGGGAAGGCUAGUUGUUUUGUGGAGAAGUAUUGUGGAGUACUAAAUGUUGCUUAUUUAGAAAGCAUUUGGUGCUUGCUGAUGUAACUAUGACCAUGAUUUUUUUUCAAGUUGUAUGGGUGUGGUACCAUUUUCAUAAAAUAUGAGUGAAUGUGUUGGGGGAGGGAAAUGAGGCUCUAGGAAAGUGCUGAGUGAAAAUCAAAGUGGGUCCACCGAAUGCAAAGGAACAUUUAGACCCACAGCUGUCUGGUUGUUAUUGACGGGUUGUUUUUAGUACUGCUUGAUUUGGAAGAGUGUCAUUAGUUGGCGGUGGAAAGGUGUGAACAAUAGAUAUUGGGAUAGUGUUGUGUCUUGGUCAUAUCUAUGCUUGUCUGUUUUUUAGCUACAUGAUUGAAUUUUUAUGCCUGAAUUUCUAACUUGGGCUGAGUGAUAUUGUGGUAUCAGAAUCGUGACAUUCUGCUUGAGAAUGGAGAGAAUUUGCAGCAGAGUAACUGUAUAUUCCGUCUGGGUAGCCUCCAACCUGAUGGCAUGAAUAUCCAUUUCUCCUUCCAGUACUUUUCCCUCCCCCCCCCCCCCGCUGUUCCCCACUCUGGCACCUUACCUCUUCACACCUGUCUAUCCCCGCCCCCUCCACCCAGGACCCCUCCUCCUUCCCUUUCUCCUGCGGUCCACUCACCUCUCCUAUCAGACUCCUUCCUCUCCGGCCCUUUACCUUUCCCACCCACCUGGCUUCACCUAUCACCUUGCUAGCCUCCAUUCCCCCACUCCCACCUUUUUAUUCUGCUAUCUUCCCCGCUUCCUUUCCAGUCCUGAUGAAGGGUCUCAGCCCAAAAUCACAACUGCUUAUUCAUUUCCAUAGAUAUGGCCUGAGCUGCUGAGUUCCCUCAGCAAUGUUGUUUGGAUUUCCAGCAUCUGCAGACUUUCUUGUGUUUAUUGUUAUUAUGAUGGCCAUUCUUUAUUACCCAUUUUUGGGGAAUAGAUCAUUAGCCGACAGUUUUAAACUGCUGCCUAAAUAUUUCCAUUGACUUUAAAAGCAAUAGGAAAUUGGAUGUAGUGUAAAACUAGCUAUUGAUUUGUUCAGUUUCACACGGCCGACUUCACUCUGGUGUUCGUGCCUGACUGGUUAUUUGUGAUAAGGAGUGCCAUGUUCUAAUAGCCCAGCAGAUUGCAGUUGGAUUUACUGCUGAUGGUAGGCUGCUAUUACCAUGAUGAAAACUUGUAUUCGCAUCUUGGAAGGUGUUCGCCUCCGUCGAUUUGUUACCCACGCACACAGAAACUGUGCAGAAAAUAUUGACUAAAUCAGGGAACACGGCCUAGAAGGAAAGAAGGUUAAUUGCAAGUCACUCACCUCCCUUCAGAAGAGUUGCAGCAUUUUCUGUUUCCCUUUCAGGUUUACUGUCCUUCCAUGUUUUGCUCUUGUAUAUUAGGUUACAUGAUCUUGACUAUAAAUUGCUGUACUAAAACUAGCUUUAUCAUUUGAUGCUGUGUCCUUGGUAGGAAGCUUCCGGUGGUAAAAGUGCCUCUCAGUGGAGGCUACUCAGAAUGAAUUUUCACCCACUUGUUCAAAUGACCUUAAACUGGCUUGCACACCUACCCCAAUGUUUCAGUGUGUUCUUCCAACGCCAGGGCUCACUGAUAGGUGCAUGCCUUUCAAAAAAUUGGUUCGUUUAGAAAAUAUGGUCUUACGCUACAGCUGGUUUUUCAUUUUUACUCAGUACUGAAAAGAGGAUUUCCAGCUGACUGGAAUCCGAAUUGAAGCUAUCAAUCAACUCCCAUCUAGUAAUCCAUUCCCAUUGUCCUGCACAUUGUCAUAACUAGUUAUAGUAGCAAGUAUUUUUCAAAAGAGCAAUGCAGCAUUUCAGCGACACUAAAGGGCAAGUGAGGAAGGAGUGUAUUUUAAAUAUGGAUUUCUCAGUAGAUUUUGGAAUACCGUAUUUUGUUUUGGACGCCACCCACAGUGCUCGAGUGCUUCUUGCUGAAAAAACCUGUGGGGUGGGGGGGGGGGAGAGUGGUUGUGGGCAAUUUCCGUGACAGGGUCACAUCACUGUUGCCCUCUGGCUCACGUAUUCCCAUUUGCCGAUCGUGUUCGAAUUGCCUUCUGCUGCAAUUAAGUGUUUUUAAUGAACUUAGUGAUUUUUAAUUUUUUUCCUGAAAGAAUUUGGAAUUAUAGUUGUCAAUUAUUUGAAAGGAGCAAAGCACACCAGCAUAAACUGGAAUUAGGUAGUGUUCAGAUUGUAUCCAAUUUAGAUUUUUUAAACUUGCAAGUUAACGUAGUUAAUUUCUGUUCAUUUUAGUGAGGUUGUUCUGUGAUUAUUCAAAACUUAUAUGAUGCGUUAGAAGCCACAAGUGUGCAGAACAACUCUUUGCAGUUACAUGUUAACUUGCAGCAAUAUAUAGGUAAAAAAAGUAGUCUCUUGGAAUAAAAUUUAAUAAGAUUUUGAAUGUUUUGACAGUAAAAUGCUUUAAUCUUACUGUGGUGCUGUAAUGUAAGCAGUGGAGAAUCCACUUGAUCAGUAUUCAUAAAACAUCUUAAUGACAGAUGUUCUUGCGUGCGUGUGUUUACAGAGAUUGUUCUGUGUCAUGAUUAGGUUGUGUGUUGUUUGCACAGUAUUGCACAAAUAGUGACUGCUUUGACUGCAGAUGGAUCGUGGCAUUAACGGAAUAUGGCAGCGGACAGGAAGGUUGGUAACCCUGCUAAAAUUUGACAGCCAGUCACUGCAUUAUAUAUUAAGGCUCUGUUUUGCUCACCACUCAGUUCUAUUGAUUGGACAUCCUCUGGCGAACAGCCACCAACUCUCAGCUAACUGAGUAAAACCUAAGCCAACUGACGGUUGUUGACAAGGAAUGGGCAAAGAGCGCCUUCAUCAUCACGAUGCUCCUAUUGCAUGUCCACUUCAGCAAAGUGAAACUGCAGAUAUUUGCACUUGACCAAUAUAAAUAACCAUAGAGUGGACGUGAGGCAGAAAUCCAGUUAAUAUACAUUUAGAAACUAGCUGACUUGAGAUUUUACUUGUUCCGUUCAUGAUAUCAAGACUCAGGAGUUUGGUAUAGUUUGCAGUUUUGUUCAUUUAUGAAGGAUAAGUCUCGUAUUUAUAACAUCUUGCAUACUAGCUCAAAUAAUCUAUUCUCCCAGGGGAAGUAAUGUCCGAAUAAUGGCUUCCAAUAGUUAACACCUUGCAGGUGGUCAGCUCCCAUUCUGUCAAGACUGAGAUAAGGAUACCUGUCUGGCAGCUAAGUUGUUAUUAAACGUAAGCUGAGUUGAAUCUCAUUUGGUUCCCAAUUAACAACCAAAGAAAUGGUGUUGCUAUUAAUACUCCCUCUGUCUUCAGUCCCCAAUUUAAUUUGCUGCAGUUCAAAUCAAGAAGCAGUGCUCUGUACACAUCUCAUCCAGACAUACAAAGAGAAACCACAGGGGAAGCUAUUUGCAAAGGAAUUAGCAAGUUUUGGUAUGGAAAACGGAGUAUUCCUGUUACCUCAAAAUUAUCCACAUUGUUAUUUCUAUAAAGAUUUCGCUCUUUCAGAAAUAACCAAUCCAUUGGUACACAGACUAGUUAUGUUACAUCUUGAAAAGGUUCCAAUUGAAUGGAACUGGGGUGAAUUUGUAUUUCUUACUUGCUAAUUAUUUUGCAAAUGGCUUUCUCUGGGCUCUUUUUAUUAUGAUCUGUUUAUCCUUGGCCAAACUGAACGGGAUGCCAGCCCUACAGUACUGAAGUGAACUAGAGCUAUCUUCAAGACCACAAACAUAAAUGAUGCCAAGUUAAAUUAAUAACCAAAUCAGUAUAAAACUGAACAGUUCAUUGGAUGCAAUUCAACUGGACGACUUGGCUCAACUGUGCUAUGCAGUUGUUAAUACUCCACAGAAAUGGAAUAUUUUAAAUAUAAAUUAUAGGUGUUGCAUUGUCAGGUGAAGAUUUAUAACAUGUUACUUUUCCGAAAACUAUUCCAAUCACAAGGGGAGCUGCUAACUUUGAAUGGUGUUAUAUUAGUUUUCUGAACACUAUUCCAGUCAUACGGAGAGCAGCUAACAUUUGUUAUUGCAGACUGAUGGUGGUGAGAAACACAGCACUGAAGAAAAGCAGAGGUAUUUUUAUUCUGUGAUUGAACUAUUAAAAUGCAGGUGUUAUUACAUUCCUGGUGUUAUCUAUAGUAUGGUGACACAGCAAGCUAUUAUACAGAAUCCUUUGCGUCAAGAUAUUCCAUUCUUUUGCUGCAGAAGCUUACAGUUGGUGUCAAUUAAGAAAGCAGUCACUACUUGUGAUGAUACAAUAUACUCUUGGGCUAGAAAUGAAGAAGAAGGAAAUCAGAAUACUGGUGACCUUUGAUCUAAAACUAAGCAGGUUCAUGACAUCUUUGAGCAAAAAAGUUGUGCUUUGCUGUUGUUCAUUGAAUGUUUGCCUAUCAAAGGCUGCAAGAAUUAUGAUGGAUGAUUAUCCAGAAGAAACACUUGUAUUUGAAUGAAUAUAAUUAUAAUUGCUAUGGGAUUUUAGUUGGUGCUUUUCUUUGCCUGUACUCCAUCACUAGAAUUUCACUGGUACUGUGGCUUUAACAAUUAUUACUAAAAGAAACUGUUAUGGAAAUGUUUUAAAACAUGCCCCUCAGAAUGGAAAUGUGAUAUCCUAAUAGUGUAAAACACUGAUUUUUAAUUUAGUGCUUUUUGUUUACUGCUUAUAAUUCAUUUUAAGUGCCUUUGUAUCACUUAUCAUUGAGACAUAUGUUUAAAAAAAUCAGAAGUGUUUAUCUUUUGAACUGCGGGGGGUUCUGUGAACUGGCACUCCAGCUGGGGAGCACCUCGUGAAGGCAGCCAGCCUUAAAGCAAGCAGCCUGCUGUGGCAUCGGCAGCAUCCCAGGGUACGUUUGUGGUAGCACAAAGCCCGCUCUUUUAGAGUUCACGGAGGGCAAGUGACAGGAGGCAAGGCUUCACAUUCCACUACAGUACGUGCGCUUUUUGGAAUGGGAAGGUCAUUUCCAAGUUCACACUUAGCGCGGAAAAUCGUAUGGGGAACCAGACUGUGAAAAAUAUGUAUGCUUCUAUUGAGAUCUAACACUUCUUGUCAGCAUCUUCUUAAAUAGCACUCUGUUUUAAGUGGUGUGCGGUUAGAGCAGUGCUUGAUUGCUGAUAAAAGAGCAGGUACUUUAUAGUUAGAAUAGUCCUCCAUCUUGGAGAACUUUAAUAUUGGAUUACUCGUGAUGUAUGUAAGCACUGGACACCCGAGAUUAUAUCUGCUUAAUAUAAAACAAAUUGCAGAGAUUUAUUUUUCAUUGACCUUUUAUAUACUUCCUAAAUUUCCAGAUGAUCACCUACACAAUAAACACGGCAGCAGAUAAGGAGUCCCAAAAUAUUAGUUAAAAUAGUCCUGCUGAUUCCUGCAGAUUCUCACUAUGUUCCAAGAACUACCAUUAAGUGUUUUGCUUUGUAAAGGGGAGGGUGUGGAAAAAGUAAUGCACAAGAGUUUAAUAUUGUGUUACUAAUUUGAUACCAGCACUUAAUGCCUGGACAGGAGGCUCAGAUUCUGCCUGACAAUGGUAAGGUACUCACUAAUCUUAAACUUGUCAUCUGCUGCUGGGAGACAUGAAUGCCACACGUUGCUAAAGUUUGAAACUACAAGGUUAGAAUGAACUUUUUCUUCCCAAAAAAUCUUAAACAGAACAAUGGCAAGUCAUUGUGAAAUGGAAGCCUGUACCAGAAGUUGGAAUAUUGCUCACAAGUAAAUUACUACAAUUUUUUUUUGCCUCAAAACAAAUGUGGCAAUUAGUUAUUUCUUUAAUGAGGGUUUGCUUUGAUUCAGUCACUGAUCUAGUCCAAGAGUAUACUUUAAAGCUAGACUUCUGUUUCCUUAAUUAUAAUGAACAUUAAAAAUGACAAGCAAAAGCUUUCUAAGGAACAGAAGAGCUUGGUUGAAACCAGUGCUGUCUCUCUGUGAAUGUGAGAAAGUGCACAUGCUUUUGUUUGCUAGUCUUAAGCUGAAACUGAAGAUUUAUGUACUGUAAGUAAAAUUAAUUCAUGUUUCAAACAAAAGACAGUAUAUUUUGUACUUUGUAACGUGUUAAUUAAAAAUAGAAAAAAAAUUUCAAAAGGCCAAUAUGUGUGCUUUUGUACUUGGAACAGUGUGUUAUUUUGCUGCUUUUGUGACUAUAGGCUAAAAUAAAUAAUUUGUUAAGGUCCUUCAAGCAAUGUUCAAUGUAGUAAUUGUUUCUUUUAUUCUCUUAUCGACAAAAUGACACCGGACAAUGAAAUGCUUUACUAUCUCUCCUCCUCUAAUGUCACAUAUCAUUCUCAAUUUUAACUCUAAACAGCAAAAGUGGUGAUGGGAGGAGUUAAGAGUAGGCCAAGUCCUCUUCAUGACCUGAAGUAGUUUGCACCUACUGGCAUACUCCAAGGUGCAAAAAGCCCCUACUGUAGGCAGCUGAGUUACGGGGAAAUGGCAAAUA